UUGGUGUUUUGUAAUGUUUUCUUUUCUCUCCCGCAAGAGUGCCGUCCGGUAUAACCUGCUGAUCCAGAGAGAGACGGUACUGCUGCAGCUGGAUUGGGCACAGCGUCUGUAAAAAAAAAAAAAACUCCCGAGCCACCAAGAAGAAAGAGCACAGGGCAUUUUUCUACUGAGAGCAAUGAUUGUGAGAAUGGAUCUGCAAGUACUGGCUCUAUCGGUCCUGUUACUCCUUUUCUGCUCAGAAGUUUCCAGCUACCACCUGCAAAAACGAGAUGCUCCAACAGAGACUCCAACAGAGGCCCCGAAAAUGUUCAGCCAAGUUCAUGCGGCGGUCAGCGGGUUCUUUGAUAACGUCUCCAGCUCAUACCACGGCUUUAUAGACAGUGUCAAAUCACUGAGAGUUCCUGAGAAAAUCCGUGACUUUUAUGAAGGCAGUGUGGAAUAUGUCAGCACCUACGGACGCAUCAUUUCUGACCAGGUCGUCCAUUCAUUCAACGACUCUCCUUAAAUUGGCUCAACAUCUUCCCCUCUAUGGAGACUUCUAUGGAAGUUUCACAAGUUGGUUCUCCCUAUCUUUCCACACACACCCAUACAUUUUGGGUAUGGAGAUACUUUCCUGCUUAAGCAAGUGAAUAAAAUUCCUUUCCUGCUACAGCAUACAAGAUGCA